AUGGCUGCGUCCGCAAACUCUCGUCUCCCUCCCGUGGACUUGUCCGUGGGAGGUAAAGGUCCAGCCUUCGACCAGAAGCCACUAUGGAACCAAGAUACGGUUCGCGACGUGGCUGAGUCUGUUGGCGCGUCCAAGAUCGGUGACGAUAGUCUCCGUACGCUCACCCAGGACACCGAGUAUCGCAUGGGUCAGGUCAUAGUGGAAUCCUUGCGUGGAAUGCGAAACUCGGAGCGGGACAAUAUGAGUGUACAAGACACUAGUGGUGCCUUGAGAGUCCUGGACGUCGAGCCUAUGUUCGGUUAUGACUCGAACCGUCCCCUCAAAUAUGGGGAAGCCAAUCUAGGCUCCCAGGCCCUCUACUAUGUGGAGGAUGAGGAGAUUGAGCUGGAGAAGAUGAUUAAUGCUCCACUGCCAAAAAUACCCAAGGACAUGUUCAUGACAGGGCAUUAUCUCGCUAUUGACGGAGUGCUCACGAUCUGUCCUGAGAACCUUUCGCCGGCCGAGCUUAAGUCGCACGACUUGCUGCCAAAGGGCUCUGGUGCCAAUCCAGCACUUGCUGCUCUCUCGGGUCAGGACCAACCCGCUUUCAAGCCUUCUGUGAAGCACGCUGUAUCACAGGAGCUGGUCCUGUACUUUGAGAAGAUCCAGGCUGCCAUCCUGGACGACAGCGACGACGAAGAGGUGGAGAGAUUGCGUGCGGCUGCACUGGAGUCGCUUGCCACUGAGCCCGGCAUCCACCAGCUGCUGCCCUACUUCAGCACUUUUGUCACCGAUCAGGUGACUCAUAAUUUCGACGAUCUGUUCGUACUUCGUCGGAUGAUGGAGCUCGUGCAUGCUCUAAUCAAUAACGAGCAUCUGUUCCUCAACACGCACGCGCCGGCUUUCGUCUCGGCAGCCCUCACAGCGCUGCUACAUCGCAAGGCAUCACACAGCGACAUCCAAUCAGCGAGUCAGCAGUACCAACUUAGAGAGUUCGCUGCGAACGUGCUUGGAGAAAUCGCGUGGAAGUUCUCAAGGUCUAUUAAGACGCUUCGCCCCAUGCUUCUACGUUCUUGCGUUAAAGCCAUGUUGAACCCGCAGCUACCUCCUAGUGUGUGGUUCGGGGCCAUCUCGGGCAUUGUGCAUAGUGCCAACAACGGAGCGAUUAAGAUCCUCCUAGUCCAGAACCUGAAGGACUUUGAGAAGGGCAUGCUUGUCCCCCUACUCCAGAAAAAUACGGAACUCAGCCGUAUGGAGUUUGAGGCCAUAAUCGGCGCUAUCUUGAAGGGGCUGCAGAAGCUUACGGGUGAUGUUCUGCCAGUGGCUAGCAUGAAUGGGUUCUCCAGCGACGCUGAAGCAGCUCGCGUCAAGGCUUUCGUGGGGGACAUGAUUGGUGACCGGAUCAUCCAGCUAGGUGAUCAUAAGUUGAACCUAGCAGUGUUGGACGCCCAGUUCUACGACAGCGACUGGAUGGGGGCCAGAGAAUAG